AUGCUAAAUGUAGAAGAUAGUGUCAAGGUAAGUGUUAAGAAGAUACUAGCAGAAGAGAAAGAAAAUAUCAUUGCUCAGGAAAGAGCCAAAUGGGAGUUGGAGAUGGAGCAACAAAUUGCUAGGGAAAGAGCCGCUUGGGAGGAAAGGUUUCAGAAGUUAGAAGCGAUGGUUAAUGGGAAAGAGAUGCCAGCUGACUCACCCAAACCUGUGACACCGCUGAAUGAUUUAGGCUCUGGCCAGGGCAGCUGUUCAAGGCAACUUGAAAAGGCUGGUUUGAAAGCUAUUGAAAUUGAAGCUGCCAAAACUGCCAAGAAGAAGUUAGAUUUAGGGGAGGACCAGCAGAAAGUAGUUGAGGAGAAUGAAGUCUUUGUGGAUGGGGAGCUGAACAUCAAACUAACCUCGAUUAUUGAGGAGGAAGUUAGAAAUUAUUUAACUCCGAAAAAAAAUGCAGUUGUGGAGCAAGUGCAAGUGCCUGUUCAGUCCGCCAAUAUUGUCCAGUCAGGGUGUAAACUUACGAUAGAUUCAUUGGACAACAUAGUGGUUGAAGGAACGAUCAUUCAAGUGGAUGUUGAGUCCUUAUUGAUCACCAAAUCUAUUGUUACUAAUGCUUUGCUACCAAUUCCUAUUAAUGAUGAGAUUCUGUUUGUCCGCUAUGCAAUUGGUACAUGCAUUGCUUGGCCUAGAGACUGGGUUAUACCCACUGCAGCUGAUGCAAAGCAAAAGCAUAAAAUUGUGAGGAGGAAAAAGAAGGAUAUAUAUGAUGAGGAUUUUGAUCAUGAUGAUUUGGACAAGCUGCCACCCAAUUUGCCUCCACCACUUAAGACAUUGGCCACAUGGGCUAAUGAUAACUUGAAGGAUGGGAUCACCAUCCACACAACCUUAGGCGAGGAAUUAUUUGGAUAUCUAAAAAAGGUCGCCAUCUUCAGAAGGGAUGUGUAUGCCAUGACCAACAUGAAGGAGGUUUCUGCCGGCUGCAUUGUGAUGUAUAUGAGCUUCCUUUAUCAAGUGUUGAAGAAAUCGAAGAUGCUUGAUAUGAUUGGCUUCGUAGAUCCUGCUAAUACUAGUGUCAUUGGCUGUGGAAAUCCGACUGAACGGGCUCGUUCUUUGUCAGUUUCUUAUGAAAGAGGGAAGCCUGGUCAGAUUUUUUUGGUCCCCUAUAAUUCAGGCUGUCAUUGGAUGUUGACGGUGGUGAACCCCACUGAAGAAGUUGUGUAUUUCAGGGAUCCGCUAAAGAGGCGACUCAUCACCGGUGAAUGGAGAACUAUUGUGGACAACUCCAUCAAAAUAUUCAAUGCACAAAAACAUAGGAAAGGCCGAAAGACAGUUCAAUGGAAAAAUUGUGCAGGCAUUCCGGAGCAGAUGGGUGAUAAGACUUGUGGAUAUUGGAUUAUGCAUUACAUGAGGGAUAUAGUGGAGGAUAAAAACCAAGAGUGGAGUGCUAAGUGGGAAAGAAAAGCAAAUCACUAUUACACAAUGGAGAAUGUUGAUGUUGUCCGGGCAGAGUGGGCAAAGAAUAGCCAAUUUUAAUUUCCAGAAUGCAUGCAUACCAAUUGUACAGGGGACUACUAAAAUGUGUCGUCACAAACUGCAAGCUACAACAAAAGAACACCAAAACGUGUGGUUGCAGCUGCAUAGACACAACACAAAAACC